AUGUCUCAGCUUGGCCAAGUUUUUGCAUUCCACGCCUUGACGCAUGGCGGUCUUGGAUUACUAUUGAUCUUUGCGCCACAACUGCUUGACGAUUUCCUUCCUUUGGCAAACGGAACAGCCACUCUGUUAGCUCGAGCCUAUGGUGCCGGCCUUUUGGGUCCAUCCGUGGGUAGUCUUAUAUGUUCCACACUCCCAGAUAUGCUACCCUGCAAACGAGCUACAGGUCUUGGCUUGAUGGUAUAUCACGCAUUGAUUUCCUACUUGGCGUUCCAAGCACGUAAAGACAAGGCAUUGCCUUAUAUGGUGGCCACGCUCGUUAUGAUCUUUCACCUUGUUUUAUUGUUCGCUUUUUACCUCUGGUACAAGGUCAGCGAGGGCCAAGUGAAAUCGUACACAAAGAAACAAAAGGCCGAGGGUGCUGUAAAAAAACACUAG